AUCACCACCGAUAAAGAUCAUGGAGGAAUUGCGCUUACCAUAUGUACCCUCAUGGCGACGUGGGUCGUUUUGUCUUUCAUGGUCCGAAUGUACAUGCGAGCGACAGUUAGCGGACCUUUUGGCAAGGACGACAUUCUUUGUAGUAUCGCCACGAUCUUUGGGGUGAUACAGAUGAUUGUGGCAUCUGCGGCAGUAUCGUUUGGCUUCGGCAAGGCACUGGAACUCUUGACUGAUGCUCAGGUAGCGAAAGCAUCUAAGGCCGUAUAUGCUGCUCAACUGCUAUACAUCGUGACGAAUGCGCUGACAAAAUGCACUGUCGCAUUACUACUUGCGCGCAUCGUUUUCAUCAAAAGCAGAGUCUACGCUUGCUACGGCGUGUUAGGACUUUCUGCUCUCUGGGGGUUUGCCUCGUUCCUAGCACAGGCGAUCAGAUGCGCAGACGGCGCACCAUGGAAGCUUGUGGGCAGCCAUUGCUCUAACCAAUAUACCUCGUGGCAAGCGAUCACAGCCUUCAAUAUCAUCAUCGAGAUCUUCAUAUUCGCCAUGCCGAUUUGGCUUGUCUGGGACUUACAAACCGACCUCAUGAAGAAGUUUACAGUAGUCGCGAUUUUUUCUCUCAGACUACCCGUCAUCGUAGCCGCAGGACUGCGACUACACUUCCUUUCAGAGACGAUCGGAUCCUCGGAACCACUUCUCAAAGGCGUCAUCCCAUUCAUAUGCCUCAACAUUGAAAUGCACUACGGAUUAAUAGCAGCCACAAUACCCACCCUGAAACCCUUUGUCGGAGCUUUCAACACCGGGUGGGGC